GUCUCACCCCAUUUUGGGAAACAUGUCAAAGUCGUUGUUUGUUUUAUAUUUCUUUUCUUAUUGUAUACUUUAUAGUUUGGCACGUUCUACUUUGACGACUAGCUUAAAUAGUGGAUGGUCCAUCACCCCUAUCGAGUUGCAGUUUUCGGAAUGGAUCGCCCAACGAGGAUCAUCUUGUUUUUGGCAAUGGGUUCAGGAUCUCUUUCAACGAGAACAACACUUGGAUUCGGAUCGAGAGAGUUUUGAAUGGUGUGAAGAAUGGAUUGCGCGUCGUUGGGAUAUUGCGAGUGGGCAAGUAGCUGUCUGGUCUGUGUUGGCAGUAGAACAAUUAGGUAGUGUUGUAUUACAAGAUCAGUGGGCAAGUCACGUUUGGUAUUAUCGACAACCCAAAGCAACGACAACUUGGGUACAAGAGAAACCCAGUGUAUUUGCUGAAUGGAAUGAUCAGCUUUACAUCGACUUGGAUACUUUGAUAGCCGAUCUUCGGAGUGUGAAUCACAGCACAAAGCUAAAGGCCGAUGCCCAACCAGAUAUAGACAUAGGACAUUGCUAUGGUUCAUCUCGAAAGGAUAUUCCUUUGGUUAUCUUAUACGGUCAUUUGGGUAAGAUGGAAAUGAAACCUUGGCAUGAUUUUCUCUUUUCCAUGGCAAACAAAGGCAAAGUUUGCUACAUGAUUCGUCAUUCUUACUUGUCGUCAAGUCAUCGUUCCAUGUAUUUACAAGGAUAUGGUGUGGAGGUGUUUAUGAAGAAUACCGAAUAUUGGGUACAAGACCCAUUGGCUUAUCCUUGUGCCAAAGUCGAGCAAGCAAAUCACACUUUUGAUAUUUCUACUAUUUCUGAUCAACGUUGUUUGCUUCAAAAUGAUGACUGUCAAUUGGGUGGAAUCGAUUGGCCAGCUUUGGUGGAUCACUAUUCAUUAUCUCAAGAGGAUAAAUUGACUUUACAAAAUGCGUUGGAUAACUGGGAACAAUCUCGUGCAUCAUUCAAGGAAUGGAAACCUUGGCAAGUUGGAGAUAUUGGUUUAUCAGCAACCCACCUCAUUGUUCAUUCCCAAGAUCCUUUAUCUACAUUUGAAAGAAUUGCAAACAAUAUUCCACUCUAUGCACCUCUGUUAGCUGGACCUUGGCAUCUUUCGGAUAGUCAAGUUCUCUCGUAUCGACAAAUUUUACAAUCUUUGGAAGAUUGGGAAGAACAGGUCACGUUGAAUGGUCGUUCGUUAUCACUUCCUUGGGGAUUGCUUCCUCCUACUCUUACCAAUUGUAUGGAUGCCAUUACACUCGCAAGACAUGUUGCAUUGAAAGAAAGCAUCACCAACCAAAGCAUUCUAUCUCACAAUAUGAUAGAUAAUCAUUUAUGGAGUGCCUCUUUAUCUACACCAUCCAUCCGCUUAUCGUUGGUGCAUCCAAACACUCCAGUUGUUUUUAUUCAAAAUGAAAAUGACAUACUAUCACUUUUAAAGGAUACCAAAAUGAGUGCGAGUUCUUCCUCCGUCGUAUUUUAUGAAUAUGCUGCCUAUCUUCGCUCUUUGGAUAAACUAUCUUCUUCUCAACUUGUGGAUGUCAUCUUUUUGUGGGAUCCUCUGGAUGGCAAUCAGUUGGUGGUUAUAGAAUGGAUGAAACAAGUUUUGGAACAAGGAUGGCCUAUUCGUAUGGGUAUAGGGUUGAUACCCAGUAGUGCAGCUGAUGAAAGGGAUGAUGAUGAUGAUGAUGAUCAUAGAUAUCCAGGUUCAGUGGAUUGGAAAUCGUAUAUGGAGGAGGACUCUACAAGUGAGCAGCAACAUAUUUGGUAUCAUUUGGCAUCCCAUUAUUUUCCUAGCAAAAGGAAAAUGAGUUUACAUGACGAAGAAACGAUGACAGAGAUUGUGCUGAUUGCAUUGGAAUAUCUCACCAAUCAAGUACCUUGUCCUAUAGCAGGUUAUUAUUUUCUAGCAAAAUUGAAGCAGAAAAUGACCGUGCCCAUGGAUAUCUUCACUCUCUUGUCUGAUGGAGGAAGGAUGGCUUCCUAUGAAAAGUUGCAAUGGAGUCAUCUACAGGAAGCUUUUCUAUUUGCUUAUCAUCGAAGAUUUUCAUGUUCUUUGCACAACAAAGAACAACAAGAAGAUGAUACAUCGACAGCAGAAGAGAUAUGGAAAGGCUGGAUGAACAAAGCUAUGCAUUCUUCAAUUGUGAAACGUCAUCGCCAAUGGGCAAAUGCAAUGGGUUUUCAACGUCUUCCGAUGGUCAUCAUCAACGGCAUUCCACUGGGAGACAUCGCUUCGCAACUGAUUGUCACUUUAGAACAAGAAAUGAAAGAAAUUCUCAAACAAGCAUCGUCAUCUCGUAUUCAAAAAUGGAUUCCAAGACAAAAUACAAGACUACAAGCUACAACACCUUACAACCCAAGUAUACUCAAGGAAAUUUUACAACAUAAUGAAUACGCUCAAUUCAAAUAUUUCAAAACCAAUGCUGCUGUGCAAAACUCCGUUGGACUUGCGACGAUAUGGAUAGCUGUCGACUUGGAAUCCUUACAAGGUCUGAAACUCAUGGCAUUGGCUCUAGAAUGGUUAACUUGUCCAUUAUCUAUACCUGGAAGAAUCGCAUUUUUGUCGUCUACACAUACUCAUCAUUCAUCUCAUAUAUCUUGUUCUGACCAACAAGACCAAAUACAACAAAUGAAGCAACUUGUCAUCACGCGAAUGAAAAAAAGUUUUCAAGGCCAACAAAUGUUGACAACGGAUGAUUCAUUGGAGUUUCUUUCUUAUGUACCAGGCAUAUCCGACCAAUGGAUACAAAAAGAUCAAGUAUUUAUCAACGGUUUUGGAUAUUCUUCUCACUUGUUCACUUUUCCAACCGAUUUUGACUUGGCUUGUUCUAUGAUGGAUAUUGGGUUGUCCAUGGAAGAUGCAGAUGCUCAGUUAUUGUGGUCUUUUACUUCAAGAUGGUUGGAUGAAUCUUGUUCGCUUUCCUUUUCCAGACCUGGUAGCUCGCUGUUUUCUUCUUCUUCUUCUACAGCUCUUAGAAUGAAUGAAUGGAAACAACUUUUGGGACAAUCCUAUGAUUUACUUUCGUUUCAUUCCAUUUCUUCAACGACGAAUGAAACCCAAAAGUAUACCAGCGUCUUUCAUGUGGAAGCUAUUCUUGAUCCUCUUAGUCCAAAUGCUGCUAAAGCUGCUACGAUGCUUUCCAUUUUGAGAACCUAUUUUGAUGUCUCCAUAUCUGUGCUGUUAUUACCUUCCUCAUAUACUUCCAUAGAAACGAUACGAAAAGCUUCUUUCUAUCGAACUGUUUUAAUUCCUAGGCCUCGGUUUGAAAAGAAUACAGGUGCCUUAAUAAGCAAACCUAGUGGUGUUUUCACAACACUAUUCAAAAACCGUACACUUACAGUAUCGAUGGACACUCCACCCAAAUGGUUAAUUGGAGCAUCUCAUGCUGAAGAAGAUUUAGACAAUUUAGUGCUUCAAAAUGAUACUCAGGUAUAUGCAGAGUACCAACUAGAAGCUAUUCUUGUUGAAGGUACAUGUAUUGAUGUAUCCAAUCUGUCAUUUGUUCCACCACAAGGAUUACCCUUAAGUCUUGUUCCUCGGACCAGCGAUUGGAUGCAGACACAAGAUACAUUGGUUAUGGCAAACUUGGGAUAUUUCCAGUUUCAAACCCAUUUUGGUGUAUGGAAUUUGCAAGUUGGCCAACGACAAGGAAUAUCUUAUCAAUUGAAAGUCGAAGAAAGUAAAAUUGCAGACACAACCGCUUCCAUUGCCUCUUCUCUUAUCUUUGGUUCUUCUAUACCGAAUAUCAUUUCUCAACCAAUGUCAUCAAAUGUGUUUCUUUUAGUGAAACAGCUUCAAGGAAAGACAUUGACUUUGUAUGUUCGCCCCAGUUCAUUCUCUUCUCCGGAUAAAGUUCGCAUGCAAUUACCAGCUAUUAUACCUCCUACUUGGCUUUCGAAACUAUUGGAUAAAAUUCAGUUGUUUUCUUGGUGGAGCUCUGAACAACAACACAUAUCGAGCAAUGACAGAAUGGUUCACGUCUUCUCAGUGGCAUCGGGUUAUCUCUAUGAAAGAUUGAUUCGAAUCAUGAUAUUGAGUGUAGUCAAGCAUUCGUCUGUUCCAGUUAAGUUUUGGCUUCUGAAGAAUUAUCUUUCACCCAGUUUUAAAAAAAUAUUGCCCCAUUUUGCAGCCAAGUGCGGUUUUGAUUAUCAACUGGUCACUUAUCGAUGGCCUGCAUGGUUGACUGCACAAACUGAAAAACAGAGAAUCAUGUGGGCGUACAAAAUUCUGUUUCUUGAUGUCUUAUUUCCCUUGAAUUUAAGCAAAGUGAUUUUUGUAGACUCUGAUCAAGUUGUACGAGGAGACUUGUACGAAUUGUUUCAACUAGACCUUCACGGUGCGCCUUAUGGUUAUGUUCCUUUUUGUGAUUCGAGAAAGGAAGUAGAAGGAUAUCGUUUUUGGAAACAAGGAUUUUGGGCAUCUCUUUUGAAAGACCAAAGGUAUCGCAUCUCGGCUCUCUACGUGGUCGAUUUAAAACAGUUUCGAAAAAUGGCAGCUGGUGAUAAUCUGCGUGCCAUUUAUCAACGACUGGCACAAGAUCCCGCUAGUCUCAGUAACCUGGAUCAAGAUUUACCCAACUUUGCCUCUGUUCCACAACCAGGUCUGCCUCAUGUUCCUAUACAUGAUCUGCCCCCGGAAUGGUUAUGGUGUGAAACAUGGUGCGAUGAUGAAAGUAAAAAGAGAGCAAAGACUAUCGAUCUAUACGAAUCAUACCUGAAUGGAAUGCGUUGGAUAAAGAAGCAACAGAAAUAGUGUCACAGGCAUUAUGUCCGUCCUCAU